UAGAGAAGCACAGAGCUCAACAUCAGCCAUUGAAAGUACUGGAUUUAAUUGGUCAGCCCUCAGAAUGACUUUGCUGAGCUGUAUCAUCAUUCAGAUACUCUGGGCUUUCUCUGCUAAGGGACAAGCUCCAGCAUGUGAAGAGCCGCCUGCCAUAGAUUUUGGGGGGAUUGUUAGUGAUGACAAAUCGGAGUAUAGAGAAGGUGACAAAGUGCUGUACAAGUGCAAUCCUGGAUACAGCCUGAUGGGAACUGAAUGGAUCACAUGCAGUGGGAAAACCUGGACACCUGCACCACAGUGUUUGGAAACAGGAAAAAAAUGUAGCCGUCCACCUACUAUUGAGAAUGGAGACAUAACUACAUUCUUGGAAAAAGGAUACACAUCUGGCUCCUUUGUAGAAUUCAAAUGCCAAAAAUUUUAUGCAAUGGAAGGACAGAACAGAUCUUUUUGUGACGAUGGAAAUUGGACAAAAGCACCACUUUGUUUAGAGCCAUGUGCUAUCUCAGUGGAAGAAAUGGAAAACCGGAUGGUAGAGUUGAAUGGGACUGCGAAUGAGAACAUAUUGCAAUGGGUGUACCUAAAACGUGGUGAUUUUCUUGAGCUUCACUGCAAACCAGGAUACGCACUUGCAACUAAUUUAUCUCAAUCUACUUUUAUGGUGCAGUGCAAUGGAAAUCCAAUUGUCUAUCCGGAAUGCAAAGAAAUUGUAUGUGAUCCUCCAGGAGUGGUUAAUGGUAGAUUCAGACCUCAAAGGAACGUUUAUAGGAAUGGUGAUGUCCUCAUAAUUACGUGUAAUCAUGGAUUUCAAGAUACAGCUGAAUGCACAAAGAACGGCUGGUUGCCUUCUCCAAGGUGUAGCAUGAGACCCUGUGACGACCCACAUCUAGAAAAUGGAGAAUUAUCUGGGUUUUAUCAAAACUACAAAGAACAAGCCUUUCCAGCACGCUUAGGCUCGUCUGUUUACUACAGAUGUUUUAAUGGAUACGUAUCUAAAAACGAGGAGAGGUGGACUCUAAGUCGAUGUACUAAAGAGGGCUGGGAUCCAAUGCCAAAAUGCCUUAGAAAGUGUUCUCUGGAUCAUUUGGAAAAUGGUAGAUUUCUAGAUAGCUAUUGGAAAAGAACCUACAAAGAAGGUGAUGAAAUUUCAUAUGUGUGUGAUCGUGAAUAUAGCCCUGAAAAUAUGAAAACCAAAGCCACAUGCACAAAGAAUGACUGGUCCCCUACUCCAAGAUGUAUCUUUAAAAUGUUUGUUCUCUCUCUGACAGGUACUUCAGGAUGAAUAAAAAGAAGCAUCAAGCAGAUAAUUUUAACACGGAUCUGAAGAUCAAAAUCCAUUGACCAGUUAUUUGUAAUGUUCACAUAAUAUGUCCUUUGUCAGUAUUUUAGCUUAAAUUGAUUAUAUGUAUCAGUUCAAUACCUUUUUUAUCGUUGGUCACAAUGGUUUAAAAUAUACAUUCAUAAAAUAGUAACAACAGAUGGGCAAAUAAGUUCAAACUCAGAUCAAACUACAGCUUUUUAUGAUAUUUGGAAAAGGAAACUUUAAGGGAAAUUGUACACAUCUGCACAUCCUGAAUUACACACUUCCUGCUUCCUGAAACAGAAAGCAGCAGUAUUUCCCUCUGGCCCAAAUCAGGAACUCUAGGAAGUCUCAUUAGAAACAUUAAUCUUGAGAGAUUUUUAGCCUAAUCACCACACCAGAAAGUUUGGGAUAUGCAUUGAGGCUUUUUUGAGUUCUGCCCAUCACUAUUAGCGAUCAUUCUUCCAAAUGUUUUAGGCCAUGCAACCAAAAAAUGAUCCUGUCAUUUAGCACAGUUGUACUGAAAACAUGGACUUCUCUGGUUCAAGUUUAAACUCAUAGCGUCUUAAUUAUUUUUCCCUUUUAAAAUUAAAGAUUUGUAUGAUUAAUUUACCACUCUUCUUAAAAAGUCUGUUAUUUGGACUUUUUCAUUUUUUUUUUAUUAACACCAUAACACCAUCAUCUGAAGUAAAGAGGGAAGGAAUCUUAGGAUUUGUAGAAAAAUGGAGACAAAGAUGAAAGCCUGCAGCUAAUUUGAAUAUCAACAUAAUACAUGCAUUUGGCAGUGUGUGAAUAAAUUGUCUAUUCCUAUUUUCCACUGUAUGUAAUAAACUGGAAAUCAGA